AUGCAACGGCGCAAGUCCGUCGUGUUCGCGCUGUGCAGCUCGCGGAGAAGUGUAGCUCCGACCUUAUCCUAUACUAAGCAACUGGAGGCUCGCGUUGCUCAGCUGGAAGAUGCCCUCGCCAAAUUGCGGAGCCAACCGCUGCCGGAGCCAGAAGCUCGGAAGGUUGGCUCGCCCUCGUCGACGGGGGAGUCGAGCUCAAGCCCAUAUUCGAGGCCGGGAAUCAAAGCCGAAGAGGGAAGCGAGCCGGAUCUAGCCAGGGACUUCGAGGGACUGCAGAUCGAGCAUGAUGGCCGAAUAUCGUUUCACGGCCCGACCAGUUUGUUUCAGCUUCCAAGCGGUGUUCUAAGCGAGACCUCGCCGUCUUCCCAUCUGGCGAUGCGGCUGGAAGGACGGAAGGAAAGGCUCAUCAACAAUGCUUGGCGGGAGAGGGCAAUUGAGCAGCUGGCUGCCAUGCCGGAACCAUUCCAAUAUCUUUUGGACUCCCACUGGUGCUGGAUUCAGCCGCUGUUCAACUUCGUUUAUCGCCCUGCGUUUACUCGUGAUAUGAAAAUAGACGGGCCUUACUACUCGGAAGCCCUUCUUAAUGCCAUCCUUUCUCACUCGGUACGCUGGUGCAAGGCCGAACCCAAGAUCGGUCCCAUCCUUGAAUCCUACGACGGUGGCGCCCUGUUCUCUCACCGUGCCGUCUCGGGAUUAUACGAUUCACUCAAAGUCGGCUAUGCGGGCAUCCCGACCAUCCAGACGUUGCUUCUUCUCAGUGCGCAGGAGUGCGGGCGGGGGAACCGAACGCAAGCCUGGCUAUACAGUGGCAUGGCCUUCCGAUUGCUGGACGACCUGGGCAUCUCGAUCGAUAGCCGCAAGUAUCCGGACUCGGUUCAGCUGAGCGACGAGGAUAUCGAGAUCCGCAACCGGCUCUUCUGGAGCUGUUUCUUCUGGGACAAGAUGGUAUCGUUGUACUUUGGCAGGUCGCCGACAAUGCAGAACUCGCGCGUCAGCCCGCCACGGACGCUCUUGGACGAUACCUCGGAGAUCGAGAUCUGGACGCCGCAUGGCGUCAUCUUCCCGGAAGGCACUCACUAUCCGCCCAGCCAGGCCCAUUCGACCUCGUGCUUCAUGAGGAUGUGCGGGUUAGCAGAGAUCCUCAACGAAAUUCUGAUCCAUAUCUAUGAUCCGACCCGACAGGUCCCCGAAGCAGAAUUCUACAAUUGCAUCCAAGAGCAGGCAAGAAAUCUCACGGAGUGGUGGGAGGAGUUGCCGGAUUAUCUGAAGCUCGUGACCUCCGACUUGCCCUCGUACUCACCACCAAGCCAUAUCGUCAUCCUCAACUGCUUGUACCAUACCAUCAACAUCCUCCUUCAUCGUCCGGUUCUCUGUUCGAAGAGAAAGCGAGAGCCUUAUGAUAAAAGCCAUUUGGUGCAGUGCAUGACCUCCGCAACGGCCAUACUAUCCCUCUUCGACCUAUUUCGUCGCACGUUUGGCGAUACACAUGUCGUCCUGUCCCUCGCAUACAGCGUCUACACGGCCGCCUCGAUCUUCCUCCUGGAGAUCCAGGCGCUGAAGUACGCCGCGCCCGGCACUCUGGACAAACUCAAAUUCUGCAUCUUCGCCCUUGAGCGCGUCAAGGUUUCCAAUCCAGUCAUCACCACAGCCCUCAGCCUCAUCUACCACGAGCUCCAAAAACUCCAAAUAAACAUCCACAUCACCAUCCCCGCCACGCAACCCGAACCUACACCCUCGCACUCGCACUCACACCCGCACCCGCACCCGCACCCUCACCCUCACUCGCAACCUCAGUCCCGAACCCACAGCCGAUCCCCAGGCCACCACCCCGGCAGUUCCUCCCGCCACGUUUCCCCCGCCCACCAGCCCGCGCCGAGCACGGCCGCCUCCGCUGCCCCCUUACUCCACCAGGGCUACACGUUCCAGCACCCCGUCGCGGACUUCGAGCUCUCGCAGACGGGCGUCGCGGGGCUCCCCGCACCGCAUUUGCUCGGUGGGAUGUCAGGUGCGGCGGUCGCGCUGGAGAAUCCCGGUGCGUAUGAGAUCACGCCGGAGGUGUUUGAGGCGUUUUCGUAUGCAGAGCCGAUCACGACGAACAUGACGCCGGCGUUUGAGGCGGGGUGGAUGCGGCAGAGUUAA